AUGGAAGAUGUCAAGUUACUGGAACCCACUGUUUAUGUCCAUGUGUUCAGUGACAAAAUUUUAGACCAGGAUGUAUUCUUUCAAGUUAUAAAACUACAAGACAGCUUUUAUUUAUGGUUUGGCAAAUCAAAUCAAUUUGGCGACUUAUCAGUUGCCAUGGCAACUCUGAAAAAUGUCACAAGUUCUACAAAUUUGAUAGGUGGCAGUGAGUCUCAUUCAGUUGCAAUGGCAGAAAGACUGAGUAAGAAGUUGAAGAAGCAAGUUUUUAUUGGUGGAGACAUUAGCUGUUUUAGUCAAUUACAACUGCCUUUAUUGGAACAAAGAAUAGCUGAAGAAAUCCAGUGCAAUCCAGAUAAAUUUUGA